AUGAGAAGAUUCUCCUGGAACUUGAUGCUUGGCGCUUAUGCCCAGAAUGGGUAUCUGGAGGAAGCAAAAGAGCUGUUUGACCAGAUGCCACAAAGGGAUAUUGUUGCAUGGGUCACUGUUAUCACGGCUCAUGCAAACCAUGGAAACUUAGAGGAAUGCCAAGCAUUGUUUAUUCAGGUUUCAAAAUGGGAUGUAGCUUGCUGGAACUCGCUACUUACAGCAUAUGCCCAAAACGGGCAUAUGGAUCAGCUUGGGCAUAUUGAAAAAUCCAAGGAGGUUUUCAGUAAAAUGCCACAGCGCGACUUAAUCUCGUGGAACGCAAUGCUAGCGGCAACGUCCAGCCUGCAAGAAGAAAGGUCUCUGUUUGAUGGCAUGCCACAGAGGAACGUUGCAUCGUGGUCGACAAUGAUCACAGCACUGGCCGAGAGAAACCAGCUUGAAGAAGCUCGCAUUCUCUUCGAUCGAGCUCCUUAUCGCGACGACGUGGUGUGGACUGCCAUGAUCGUGGCCUACUCCAACCACGGCCACCUCGAAGAAGCCAUGAAGAUGUUUGCACGGAUGCCACAGCGCGAUCUCGUCGUUGGACGGCAAUGGUGGCGGCAAUUGCUUUGCACGGGAGCUUGA